CUGUAGGCUUUCCACAUUGUUGCAUGCUCAGUGCUAGGUUCCGUUCAGGAGUAUAAAACAGAGCAAACAGGGCGAGGAAGGAUAUUUGUGUGUGUUUGGUUGCAGGAUUGGAAGAAACGUUCAAAACAUGGUGCAACUAUCUAAAGCUGGAAUGAGGAACACGUUAUCUUUGAAGGCUGGACAUCCUCCUGCAGUAAAAGCAGGAGGAAAACGAGUAGUUAAGAAAAACAGUGAGGAUAAUAACCCUGGAGAAGAGAGCAAGAAAGCGGAUAAACCCAGGUCUCUGACCACCUUCUCCCGGAUGCAGCAAAUGGGUAUUCUAAUGGCAGGCCCCCUAGAGAAAUUGGGCCAUGAUUUCCCCGAGACUCCGGUUUCAGUGCGGCAUGGGAAAGUCAGACCCGGUGUAGAGAAACUGCACAUGCAGCGCUCGUUCUUGAUCCAACAGCCCCGCAAGUGUUGAGCCAAAACUGUUAACAGCUGAAGAACCAGGAUGUCUGCAAAAUAAACAGGAAGUCGGUGUGCACGCGCUCGAGCAGAAGGGUACACAUUGAGGACCUGACUCAAAUUUUCAUAUUGACUUCUUGUUAACUUCUAACCUCUUAAAGGAUUUUGUUUUCACAGCUUUGUGUAAAGCAUAACUGUUUUAUACUGCAUGAAAUGCAGCUGGCAGGCUGAUUACCCUGCAGAAAAGAAUGCAUGAGCUCAUGUUUACUUCUUGAAUAAAUACGUAUUGCAUUAAUAAAAA